CUCCGGAGUGACAAACCGGAUUGUUGUUGGGAUGUAAACAAAUCCCCGAGGCGAAAAUUUCGAGAUUGAAAUUGAUUUCUUGACGGUGGAAGGUCUAGCAUGGGAUGAAAGCAACCGAGUUAUUUAUGAAAUUAUGUGGAGAUGAAUACUAAAAUUAUUACCCAUGGUGAACCAGGGAAAUUACUAGGCUACACAUUUAUAAACUUAGUGGUAGAAUCUGUAAAGAUGAUCAAAAUGGAGUGCGAUUGCUUUCCCAAGUUGUUCAGUGACAUGGAAGAUGCUGACUACUAUAUACAGGCAGCCAAACGACUAUAGAAGAAAAACAACGGUAACAAAUUAAAAAUUAUAGUUAUUCCGUGGUAUUCAUGUGUUAUAUUUGUUAUUUCAAAUAAACAUGAUAAUAG